AUGUCGCAGCGCAGUACAGAGCUGAACUGUUCUGAUGCAGAAGAGCUGGAUGAAGGGAAGGGAUUCAUGGGAGUUGGAGGGACUCCAGCGGAUAUGGUAGGCAGCUCUGUGGGUUCUGAGGUGAGUUGGCGCCUCUCAUGAUCUGAAGCUGAAAUUCCAUGUUAAAUUACGACUACGGUCCUUACAUUACGAUUUCAUUAACGCUUACACAUUUCAUUCAAGGCGAAUUGGUCGGUGUGCCAAAGAUCGAGGAAAUGGAGCCCUGACCGGCCUUCUGCUCCAGGUAUCAGGGAGUCCCAGGCACCUGCGGUCAGAUGGGUCGUGGGGGAUCACGAGAUAUCGCGGAGGAGUAGUCAGGGUACAGUCUACGAUCCAGAGACACCGACAGACGGCAACGUUCAGACUGCAGUUGCGGAAAUAGUCACUUGCUCUGUGGCGAAUCAGGUGAGUCAAUUAAUUGGUGUGUAUCCUGAAUUUUAAUCGAUAAUCUGAAGUGAAAAUUCGAUUGGAAGGAAUAACUUGGGUGGAAUUCUAGUAGUGAACUUCGUGCUGCAGUAUAAUCUUAGGUAUAUUUCGAUUGCGCCAGGAUGCAGACCUUUGAAUGUCAUUUCUUUUGGUCGUCCAAAACUCCAUACUACAUCUGAAAUGACGGUUUAUGGAUUCUGACAAAUUUCGUAGAUUUUUGAUGACUAUCUUAUUUAAGACAUGUUUUGGAAAGCAUGCUCAAGAAUACUGUCUUUUGUACUCUGUUCAAUAGUAAAUUACAUAUUCUACGGAUUUGUACUCCUAGCCAGAUAGGCAUCCGGUUAUACAAAAUAUUCUUUUAUUCCCGAAUAAUUUUGAAUCUGACUUGAGCUUUCACAUGCGUCGAGGGUUUACGAACUUUAAGUUGUUUUCUUUAUGAGCGAGGAAAUUCGUGCAUUCCGCUGUGCUAAUGAAGAAAUUCCGCAUCGGACAUAUUUGCAUACACUUAAAGAGCUUUUAUAAACGGACAUAUCCGAUGCCGUUCGAAUAGACACUUCAGGAAGCCACGCUUUCCUAGAAUGCGAGGUAGGCUCUUAAGUGGAUUAGUGUUGUGUGUGUGCAGAUGGGCAAGUGAAGGUGUUUCGUUGGGAUCCGAAUUCCAUGGCUUCAUUUAAUAUCCUCAUGUAAUCCGUUGUGGCUGCAAAGAGCCGUGAAUUGUUUGCAGGUGAGACAGGAGUAAGGGGGGUAUGUCGAAGCUGCUGGCACUGUUUCGAUGCAUCGCAAUUGCAUGUGCGGUGUGUCUGACAUGAAAAGUGGGGAUGCUGGCUAUUUCCGCGAUCACUUCCAGCCUGUCUUGCAUUCAGUAUUUCUCGAAAACAGCUCAGGAGAAUGUGCUUGAGAUAUCACGCUUAGCCUCCCAGAUCAAUACAUGCCUCUGCCCCUACGAGAGCAUUGCUAGGAUGACGGCCUUCUGUAUUCUCAGUUUUCUGUUCAGAAGUAUUCCACAGUGAUUGUGGAUAAUGUACUGCAACCGGUCGAUUGUCUGGAUGGCCGACCAUGGAGCUCCGCCCUAUAACCUACUCGUUCAUUUUGAAUUGUCUUAAAAGCCUGCUGUCUAGCUACAUGACGUUCGCUGUUGUGAGUAAGAUUAAUUUACAUUCAUAGGAAGCUCAGUGAAGUGAGCAUUUUAUGCGACCGAGUGCUUCGAUUACGAUAAUUGUGAUUGUGCCUUGAUGCUCCCUCUGGAUUGGUGUUCACCUGUGGGGCUGUCUAUGUUCCGGACUGGUUUUCAUGUUCACUUCAGCUCUGUCUUAUUUGUGGAAAGAUGGUGAAACGCCUUUGGACUCCCUUUCGAAAAAGAAGAAGAAGAAGAAGAAGGCAAAAAUACACGAGGGACGUUGAAAACGAUAUUCCUUGACUAACUGUCUACCACAGCCACGUAUGCAGCUACUUACACGCACAAAUGUGUAAAUAACAAAACGCCUGCUUAAUUAAUACAAGUAGUCUGAUCAUGCGUGAGUGGAGUGCCUUGAUGCUGAGAGUGUGGGUGUGGAUUUGGCUGUUAAGUGAGGAGCAUGAUGCAUGUUGGAUUUGGCCUUUAAUGAAUCCGCACUUGAGGAGAGGAUAACAUCUGCGGACUGGACGUUCCACGCUGCAAUCACUCCGUAACCGAACAAAAAUUAAGUCAACGUUCAAUUAAAUCUAUUGAUGAAUUAAUUAAUUUACCCAGUACUGAGCUUCCUGGUAGUCGACGACGCGGUCGCAUUUGAAGUCUCAUCUUUGAGACGACAAGACGGUCAUCCGUCCGGCAGUCUGCGUCACAUAUUGCUUCGGUCAAUAGGAUAUCACGUGGGUUACGCCUCCGAACGACGGCGUAGUCCAGGGGACACUGCUGACGCGUUCGAGGGUGUAUCCACGGGGUCGGUUCAUGAGUUGGAAGACGGAUGAAUUUGUUAGUGAGGAAAAGACCGUGUUUGGCACAUGCGUGCUGGACGGAGUGCCAUUGCAGGUGCGGCUGGCGAUGCCGUGGCAACCGAGCACUGCCUCCCGCGUAGCGUGGUAUUUGUCGACAGGGGUACUGGAGUCACGGAGCACGACCAUUAUUUCCGCUCUUAGCACAGUCUCUAGGGAGGUGGGCGGGGGGCGUGCGGCUCUACGUAACACCUGCUUCCAAACCAUCGGAAAUGGUCAUCGGGGAUAAAGGUUGUAGGUGCUGACGACGGUAACAAAGAUUUUACGGUGGAAUGUCGGAUUCACUGUCAUGAGGCAGUCAAUGAUGUCCCGCGGUAGGCAAGACAGUAGUUUUAGCAUGCCUUUCCUGAUACCAAACCGACUACAGCCUCUCAUCAUCCCCUCAUCGGAAGUCCGCUUAUGAACACCACAUUCUCUAAUUGUUUUUGCUAAGAUAAGCAUAUUCUUCUGAGGACCGUGAUGUCUGAUUUGUAACGCAGCAUUUCCCAUACCAUCAGAACUCUCCUCUAUUCUGUUAAUAAACAUCUGCAAGCAAAGAGAUCUUGCCGAAUGCAGUGGAAAUGUGCCCAAUCUGCGUUCAUUCAAUUUCAGACCGAGGAAGCAUACAAUGGCGUCGCGAUUUCUGAUGAAGCACCAGGAACCACGAGCAUCACUCCAAUUUGCGCCAUCCCGCAGGGUGCCGUAUUUGGAGCACCAAUUCAGACACAGGAGCAAAGUAUGCAACUGCCUGUAAGUUGACUCAACACGCACGUUAUCUGCAUGUAACUGCCUCUAAUUUUCUCCCUGUGGACAUUGAGACAAAGUGAUGUUUCAGUAAGCUCGGAGCAGAAAGUAGUCCACACGCAGAAUGGUGCUGACUGCAAGACUGACCAUAUCAAUGUCCAUUGUAUUUCAGGACGUGCCCCAUGUGCUGGCGGUGUUUAUUCAGAAGCUCGAAGAGCGAGGGCUUGAUUCUCCUGAACUGUACACACAUAUGCCCCAUUCCCUGUCUCUCUACGCAAAGAUCCAUUUGAUCAACUCAGUGAGUUUCCUAACGACACUUAACACUCUCUUAUUCAAAUCCUGUUUCUUUGUGUGUUAUCGGGAUCCUACCGACGAGAUCUGUACAGUUAUUGCAUUAACAUGCAUUAACCACAUUUCAGUACCCAGUUGACGAUCUGGCACGAAUCCACCCAGAAAUCUUCGCAGACACUCACGACCUAGCAGCAAUGAUUACCCUCUACGUUGAAUGUCUGCCGACGAGACUGGUGGAGGGCAUGGGUGAGUCAUUCAUCUGACAUGAGUUUACUUUUCACGCUAGACGCUUUCUAACGAGAAGUCAGCAGUCAAUAGUGAGCAGUUUUCUUGUUUUUCUCACAAUUGGCAAUGCCUUCUCCCAUCACUCGGUGCUUUUCGGCUCAUCCGUAAUCGAAAACAAAAACUUAUGAUCAUACUGUUGUAGCGGAAGAUGGGGAUUUUUACAUGAUUCCUAAUGCUACUGUAGUUCAAUUGAAUGAGGAUCGUGCAUACAGCCUGUUCCGAAAUGACGUGAUGGGUGUUGUCGUUUUCAGAGGUGUGGAGAUCAGCGCUGGCAACACUGCCACGGCAUGGUGA